GACCCACCCCCUCCCGCGCUCAUACGGCGUCGAUUCUGCCGCCGUCGGCGCUCCACACAAUCGUGUGCGACGCGGAUAACGGUGAUGGCGUUCGCCUUGCAACACUGAAAAACAAUAAUCCAACGUGCUACACCUGCACCUCUCCCCCACUCCACAAAAAAAACAAGUAUCACAAUCUGCAUAAAUAUAAACCCUCUUCAAUUCACAAAGUUGUUAAGUGAGUGAUGAGCGAACCCGGAAGAGAAACCAACGCCCGCGUCGAUCGAAGAACAACCGUCGCGACGGAUGCGAAAUAGUGGAUGAAGAUGCGAAAUCGGAUGGACGCCGAUGAUUAACAGUCGCAUGUUUGACGGUCGUCGUGUUUCGAGCGGAACAAGGAACCGGAACCGCUGAUGACUUCGGUGAGGAUCUGCGAUGGGGGACACAUCUGCCACCCGCCGAAGGAUUGUUGCCGGCAAGGAUGUUGUUAUCCUGAGGAGAUGCCCAUCUACAAGACCACAACGAUGCCGACUAGCAGUGAACAGCAAUUCGUCGGACACUGGUACUUUUGGGUGGCGAUAACGACGACGUUUGUGGGAAUCUUGUGCGCGUGUUCGCUGUGGCGUCGGCACAGUUCCAAUUUCGCCUUGUUCUGCUGCAGGGACUACGGCAGGGAUGAGAGAGCUUCGGAGCCAGAUUCGAACGGUUCCUGUUACGUCCCGCCGCAGUACAGCAGAUGCAGCAGCUUCCAUCAGGCUCCACCACCGUACGCAGAGGUCACCUCCAAGCCCGAUCUCUACCCGCUUGUAAUCAGUUACAACGGGGACGCGGUGGUCAAGAGCAAUGGCUCCUCUACGGGUUAUCUGAUGGUGCAGUACUUUAGGAAUUUCAUCGUGAGGCCUGUAGGAUCGUUGUCCGCCACCAGCACGAUAGACUCGCUCAGCUCCAGCUUCAUCUGCAACGCGAGCAACGAGGCCAAUACUGUCAUUCCUCCGCCUUACUCAUGCACGGGUAGCCUGGAGGAGGUGAACCAUCAUCACAAGCAGAACUGCACGUUCGCUUCAUCGCCAACUCCACCAACUGCGAUUGUAACGCCUACUAUUACUCCACCGCCACCGCCUCCUCUGCCUCCUAGUUCAAUGUCGCGUACGCACUCCAAUCUGUGUUCGCGCAGUAGCAGCGCCAAUCAGCUGAAGACGGUUCCGGAGGUGGGGGAGAGUGCCGCGACGACCGCGCCUCCGAAGCCUCAAGUACCAGCAACUCCAGCAAGGUUCAGCAGAAAGUUGAUCUUCAACAAGGCGAAAACGCACAGCGCCGAUUCAGAAAGCGGUGGAGAGGAGCACAACUUCUCCGACCUGCUGAACCUAUCCGUAUGCCUACCCAGUGGAAGCAUCACCACGCAGCUGGCCGCCACCCAAUCGAAUCCGCAGAUGACGGAUAUGAUCCAGAGCUAUAGCGUGACCAACAGCAUGACCAGCUCGGAUAUCAGUAGUUUGGCCAACUUGGGCACACCGGAUUCCCCGCCGCGUGCCACCAGCCCCACGAUAGAGAUGCGCGAGCUAUUAGAUAAGAUUCAGCAGCUGCCGCAACAUAAGAGUCCCAUUCCCGAGCAGCUGCAACAUCAGCAACAGCAACCCCAGAAGAAGUACUUCAGUCGCUCCAAAGCUAAGACGCUCUACAUGCCUUUACACCACGAUCCGCACCAACAACACCACAAUCAUCACCAGCAGCAGUCAAUCAAAUCGGGCGGCGGCAUUCUGAAGACCACCAAGGGGUGGCUUUCGCGCUCCGCUCCGAACACCCCGUGCGGAACUUUCGUGCCCAAUUUUCCCAGGAAUCCGAGCAGUCAAAGGGGCAGCAAGUCGAAGAUCUGCUGCGACGGUAGUCCUUUGCUUACGAAUGACGAACACGACGAAUCGGACGACGAACGCGCCCACCGCGACGAAUGCUUAUGAUACCACCAAUUUACCCAUCCGCCACAGACACUAUUCAUUUCCAAAAGAAUGGUGACACUCGACAAUUGUUUCCUUUUUGUUGUUGUUUUUAAUUUCUAGGCCGCCGUAGAUGGUGCAGAUCAGGGAAAAAAAAACGAAUGUCGCCAAUUUAAACAACUCAAAGAAAUAAUAAUUUUCGCUACUUACCAAUGACAUUAUUAAUAAUUUUAUUAAUUAUCUAACAAUUAAAUUAAACAAGGAAAAUAAGAGAAAGUGUACUUAACUUACAGAGAAGACGAAUUACGCGCAUUUAUAUAUACAUGAAUAUAUUAAAAAAAUAGGU